CUUUGAGAAAUGAUUCAUUUGAAAAUCCAUUUCAAAACAGAAUACGGUUAAGCAGUAUAUUUGUGUGGAAAUUCAAAGUUUUUGGGAUAAUGGAAUCCUAAAUAAGCUAUUAGAAUGAAUUGGACUGAAGUAAUAUAUAAAUAAAUGUUUUAGAAUGAUAUUUGGGAGGUGGAAGUAGCCUAUCAUGAAAUGGAAUAUAAAUAUUUUAUUUCUCAAUAUGAGAGUGUUUCAAGAGUACUGUGGGAAUCAGGACCUAAUAGAAUAACAACUAAACAUACAGUCGAUAUUUGGAACUACAGAAAAGUUUGCUUUUAAUGCUUAAAUCCUUCAAAUUAUGAAAUUUAUAUUUCUGGAUCACCUGAGACUCUAGGCAAAUUUAAAAAAAGAAUUAGAAUGAAAAAUAAACAAGGAAUUUCUUAAUAUACUUGUUUUUUAGAUAUUACUGAUUCUUAAAUACAAUACUAAUAUUUCUUUCUGACUAAAAGUGAAUUUUCAAGUCCUGUAUAUAAAUUAACUUUAGAAUCUGAAUGUAAACAGUAUUAUUUAUUAAUAUUAGAAUCAUAUUAUAAAGAUGCUUUACUUGUGUAUUCAGAUGGUCUGGCAAAGGUAAAACAAAUGAUUUUUUAAUUAAAUAAAAAUAUCUGUUACGGAUAUGUUCCAUAAUUUAAAGAAGAUUAUAGAGCUUUGAAGAAGUUUAAUUUAAAAACAAUAGUAGAAUUUUGUAAUUCUUAAGAGAAGAACUUAUUAGAACAAUAACUUUAAAAAGAUGAUUGUCUACAUAUGAUUAUCAAUCUUUAUCACUUUAAAUAAGAGAAUUUCACUUAAAGAAUACUUUAACUUAUUUAAGUUUUUAUCCAAAAGUAUAAAGUAAAUAAUUUAAAUCUAUUAAUAGUUUAUUUACAUAUGUAAUAAUUCGCUCUCUCAUCUUAGAAAAUAUCUACUAGUCUAUGAAAAACUUUCAAAAUGCAAAUGA